CAGUGGCGGUCACUUCCUGCCCCGCCCACCGUGGCUAAGUGGCCUUUGAAUUUCCCAGAUCCUUCCGUGCUUGUUCCUGGGGAGGGGGAGAUCAGGGGCCAGGCCUGUUCGUCGUUUGCUUCCCCCUGCACACAACUUCCUUGCGUUGAGAGUUCAGGACUUGGUGGCGCUGCCAGGGCUGACCGACAGAAUCGACCGAGGGUGGGGUGGGGGUGAAAAUGGCUGCGGAGUCCAGAGAUACGUCGGCGCCAGGUCUUCAGCAGGCCGAGCGAGAGAAGAGGGUGGGAGAGCAGAGCCCCGCGGGGCCCGAGGCGGGGAAAGACGGAGGGAGGGGGCCUUGUGUCAUCCGUGCGGAGAGCAUCCGGGAUUUCUGGGAAAGAACUGUCCCUGAGGAAGCGAUCCGGGAGCCCCGCAAAGGCCUGCAGCAGCGGUGGGAAUCUCAGCUGCAGGAGUUCCUGAAGGCCUUGGAGUCCCCCCAUGCGGUGGGGGGCAGCCCGCAGCUCCCGAGAAACAGUGCGCAGACUUCCCUGACCCCUUUUGACAGGAUGGCUGACACCAGCCGACGGCCUAGGUGGGAGCCAGACUCCCAAACCCUGCCUGGUCUGAGCGGAGGAGCCUCCCAGGCCGAGAGGCACCUCCUGGCCAAAGACAAGUCGGACUGCAGGAAGGCCCAGGAGGCUGCCAGCUCACGUGAAGAGUGCCGCCUCUUCCGGCGGUUUGGCUACCAGGAAGCGGAAGGGCCCCGCGAAGCUUGCCGACACCUCCGGAGGCUUUGCCACCAGUGGCUGAAGCCGGAGAGGCACACCAAGGAGCAGAUCCUGGAGCUGGUCAUCCUGGAGCAGUUCCUGGCCAUCCUGCCCACGAAGAUGCAGAGCUGGGUGAGGGAUUGCAGCCCCCAGACCUGCACCCAGGCGGUGAUUCUGGCGGAAGAUUUCCUGCUGAGGCAGCGCGAGGACGAGGGGCGGGUGGGAGAGCAGCAGGCAAUCCGCCCGUUUGCGGAGGAAGACUCUGCAGAGAAGGCUCCUCUGAACACCUGGCAGAGGCCGCUGCUUGGAGGGAUGAAGGAGGAAAGCGAAGGAGACGCCCCCUUGCUGCCAGGCGACGAGAAGUUGUGCAGCCCGGAGAAGAAUGACCCGGAAGCUUCCGGAGAGCUGGAGCCACGUUGGAUGUUGUCUGGAAGGGUCGAACAGACCGUUCCCCACUGCCCCGGUGCAGGGGAAGCUUCCGAGAUGCUGUACGGCGGGAACUGCCUGGAGCGGGAAGCAGGGAAGUUCAUCAACUCCCAGGGGACGUAUGAGGACUUGGACGAGAGCGGCAUGCAGCCGGGGACCCUCCUCUUCCCCGGCGAGAGGGACAACGCCUGCCAUGUGUGCGGGAAGGUCUUCCGGCGGCGCUCCAACCUGAUUGCGCACGAGAGGAUCCACUCGGGGGAGAGGUGGUACAACUGCUCCGAGUGUGGGAAGAGCUUCGUCAGCCGGGCUGCCUUCCUCAUCCACCAGCGGGUGCACACCGGGGAGAAGCCCUACAAGUGCUCCUACUGUGGGAAGGGCUUCAAUACAGGCUCCAGCCUCAUCCGCCACAAGAGGAUCCACACGGGCGAGAAGCCCUACAAGUGCCCCGAUUGCGGGAAGCGCUUCAACGACUACUCCAACUUCAUCGUCCACAAGAGGAUCCACACGGGAGAGAAGCCCUACGAGUGCUCUAUCUGCGGCAAGCGCUUCAGCGACAACUCCAACUUCAUCAAGCACCACCACUGAGAGGUCGGCGGG